AUGACACUACCACCAGUAAGCGAACGAGCCUCGUUCGAGGUAGCCAAACGCCUUCUCUGUCAGAUUCUGAAUGAAGGUCUAGUCAGCGGGACUUUGGAGACAUUCGAAUACGAACAACUGUAUCUGUGCUUGUUCAGCAACCGCUGCAUCACAGAGAAGCCCGAAAAAUGCAUCCGCGUGGGACUCCAGCCAGGCUCCCAGGCCCGUGUUUUCAUGCGUUUUGGGCGGAUCGUGUCAAUGGUGCGCCCGGAAAUGUUGCAGAUGCCUGUUACUAUCGUGGAUGGGACAUCUCAGCGACAGGAGCUUCAUUCGGGGGCUUUGUUUCAGUUUGCAAGUAGCUUGUUUACAGAGCAUGUCGAGGCAUCGACAUUGGAAGAGAUAGCGUCGGGAUUGGAUAAUAGCAGGGCAAAUACAGAGAUGUGGUUGGAAUUGCACUCCUUCCCUGAGCCAUUAGACCUCAACUCGCCGUCCAUCUCGUGGGAACGAGCGCUGAUCUGGGGACACCCGACUCAUCCAUUUCAUAGACUAUGCUAUGCACAGGAAGGCUUAGCUCCAGUCACGCCAAAGGAUCUGCCCGAGUUCCUCACGCCAACGCUGGCAUUCGUAUCCGUCUUACGGGCAGAGAUCUCCAUCUCGGGUCCUUUUGAGGAAUCACUGAAGCCUCUGCUGACGCAACUGGGCGUCUCCGCUCCCAAUAGUGAUGACAGAGUCAUUGUCCCCUGUCUCCGUCUUCAACUGCCCUGUGUCUACCGCCACUUCCCCAGUGCUGUCCUGGUCAAGAUGGUUUCCGGCUGCGCAGACACGCAAGCUUCGAUGCGAACUCUCACCCUGCGCCCGGAAUUCAACUUCCCCUACCACAUGAAACAAUCCAUCGCGUGCCAGGUCACCUCGGAUGUGAGGGCAAUCCGACCCUGCCAAACUCUCGGGGGGCAGUUAGUGAGGAAACAGCUGCACAAAUUCUUCACACCGGAUCUGUGGUGGUUUAAAGAGGUUGCGUCGGUGUCCGGGAGCCAGACGGCUCAGGGGGAUACGCAAGAAAACGAAGAUAAAGCGCGUCAUAUUGGCUGCAUUCUACGUGAGGAUCUGGAAGCUAGAGCGAACGCAAACAAUGAAGCGCUGAUCAUCGCUGGGUCGCUGGCUCAACAACCCGCGAACGACCAUCGGACACAUGCGGAGAUUGUUUUUGGUCUUGAGACUGUUGAGCAGAAGCAGGAGUGGCUCAAAGUGUAUGUGACAGGCUUUCUACGAGCUGUCCUCCCUUCUUUGGUGCAGUACGGCAUAGGUAUGGAGGCGCAUGGACAAAACACUCUGGUACGUGUGUCUCGUGAAACAAAAAAGAUCACCGGAUUCGUUGUCCGAGACUUUGAGGGAAUCAAGGUGCAUGUCCCCACGCUCGAGGAACUCGGCAUAAAACUUUGCAUGACCUCUCCAGGAUGCACGAGGAAUCUCGAGAACAUCUGGAGUAAGAUUCAUCACUCCAUCUUUCAGAACCACCUUGGUAAUCUGGUAUACGCGCUGGACCUCGAUCGCCAUGAUGGAUGGACGAUCAUCCGGGACGAGCUCUCUGUGGCCCUGAAGCCGGACACGGAUCCGCGAGCCCAGAAGUUAUAUGACUUUAUACUUCAGGAUACAAUGCCAUUUAAGUGCUUUUUGAAGAUGCGGAUGAACGAGCAUUUUAAUGACCACGAUGAGCGACCGCUGCCUAAUGCUCUUCUCGUGGGUUCUGCUAGAUGGGAGAAAAUCCUGAAUGAUCAGGCGCCGAGAAAGCUCGAGACUUGA